GAAGGUGCAUCUGACUUUCUUACUUCUGCAGUCAUCGAUGACGUGAUCCAGUGUCGUUUUGCACGUCAGAAAUUAUUGCCAGCUGAGAGAAGAAAGAGGGAGACAACAUUUGAUUUGAGUUCUGAUUAUUACAUGUUCAUAGCUAGAGGUCCCAAAUCUUCUGGUUCACUGAAUAAGCAUAUUGAUAUUCCAAUCAAAUCGGCUGAUAAGAUUGACUACACAUCAACCAAUGUUGUCACUGGGGUUGCAGGAGUAGAUCCCAAACUGAAAUCUCAUGCUAGUCUGAUGGUGAUUGGCUGGAUUGGUUUCUGUAGUAUAGCUAUCAUAUUUGCCAGAUUUAUGAAGCCAGUAUGGCCUAAUUCUCUGUUACUGGGAGAAAAAGUUUGGUUUACUUUUCACCGUAGUUUACAGAUACUCAAUGUACUGUGUUUUGUGACUGCAUUUAUACUAAUAUUUGUAUAUGUAGGAGGUUUUGUAACAUACAACAGUUCAACUGAUCUGGUGUUCAUACAUGCAGUGUGUGGUAUCAUUGCAGUCAUUCUUGGGUUAACCAAUCCUAUUAUGGCAAUAUUUAGACCUCAUCCUGGGGAACCAAAACGUCAUGUUUUCAACUGGGCUCAUUGGGCCGUCGGCAACUCUGCGUUCAUACUCGCUAUCGCAUGUAUUUUUAUUGGAAUGGAUCUGUCUGCAUUGGACCUUCCGCAGUAUACAACCUGGGUCUUUGUAGGCUGGGUUUGCUUUCAUGUUCUCAUAGAACUUUUUCUGGAAGUCACUAAAUGUGUUGCAAAAAAUGAUG